ACGUUACCAAGGCAACACCUUCGACCUGUCGGACGUACAGAGUCCCACGCAUGCUCUUUGCGCUGUGGCAAAUUAUAUCUAGCCAAGGAGCGAUUGAUACAAGGUCUUGGAGGUGUCUGAUAUUAAGAAAACGUCAUUCGAUAGGAGUUUCUCUCGUUUCACCGACACAACGUGAAGCUAGCAAUGACUUCUGAUCGAUCAUCCCAAGAGCGAGAGAAGUGUAAGAUUGUCACGUGGGUCUGGGUCUCCGUGUCGCUGGCAAUCUGUUGUCUGGUGGCCCUUAUUGUUCUGGGAGUCGUCAUCGUCCAACCAGUGGUAGAGACGGACUCACUGUCGUUCCAGGAGGCCAACUGCACAACCGUGAAAAAUUACUUCACCGGAGAGAAGCCAUCUUGCAGCUGUGGUAAGUACUGCCAGUCGUGGUACCCGUGUGUGCGGUACCUGGUGGACUACGUGCCGGCGUCGGGAGGGAACGGGACCGCGCGGCGGGCAGUCAUGUUCGACACCGAGGCCGGUCUGAACAAUGGACGCUAUAGGGGAGAGGACCGUCAGUGCGCUACAAGACCCUGUGGUGGAGAUCGGGGAGACAAGGAGCUGACGAAGUUCAACGACACCUACGGCGAAGGGCAAACCUACAAGUGCCUGUACAACCCGAGCGACCCUGGCUUCGUCAUAUUGACCAGACUGUUUUCCUGGGACGCCAUGUUUCACUCCUUGCUGUGGCCGAGUAUCGGGCUUGUUGUCUUCGCUGCUCUCACGCUGUACUGGGGUCUCCGGUGUAAGGCUUUCCAAUCUUCGGUCUCUGGGAUGGAAUGCCACACAAUCGGAAAAAAUGUGGCCCCGCCACCGAAUGACGGCGGCUUUAUAUACUCGUGAACUCCGCCUCCGAUCGAUCAACGAACCGCAAAUCGUAGAGGGCUUAGAGGGCUUAUUUAGACACGUGAUCCUCCCCUAGCAACUAACCGGCUGCCUUAGCAACGAGCGAAGUCGGCCAUCUUGGAGUUUAACUUUCGAAUGUUGAACCUUCCCGAUCACAACGUACUUCCUGUGAACUAAAUCUCCUCCUAUACGAUAUACUUGU